AGCACCUAUCCAAAAACCUGGUGCCGGGCAAGGAUAGAAAACUGAAAGGGGGACUUCAAUCUUUUUUCCUUUUUGUUUUUCACGAAAGAGCUAGCUUAAUAGCAUUAGCUAGCCAAAUAGAGACGACGAGAAAGAGCACACAAUGCUCCGUCUAGUUGAUUGAUGCCUCUGCAAACUGCUAGUAAAGCUAGCCCAACGGACUGACAGCUAUCAGUUAAAAUCGUAUUUUUGGUCCGAUUUUGUCGUUUGUAUUUUGUUUUCUUAAGACAUGCAUCUUGACCUGACAGGAAUGAACUCGGGAUAAACCGUGAGGACUAAACGUGGGCAGAGUUGUUUUUUGUGUGUUUUGUGACUUUUACAACCAUAUCUACACUUCUUUACCGGUUGCUUUGGAGUAUCUAUUUCUGCUGUUAAUGUAUUGUCUCGGCUGCAGAGGUCCGCGCCUGGGAGAGGGACCGUCGCUGACGUGAGGUAUGCCUGGAUCAGACCGCCAACAUGGGACCAAGAGGAAGCCGGAAUCCAGCGUUAGCUCUAUUCAGCACUCACAGGCAGCUAGCGGCAGCAGCGGCUCGGGCGUGCUCCCCUCUUCCGCCGGUAACAUGACGAGCAAAGACGGCAAGCAUCAGCCCAAAUCAGCGGGCUUGUCCAUUUCCUCCUCAUACAAGCACAAACGGCAGAAGUCAUCGAAACAUGGCCGAGAGUCCGCGUCGGAGACCACCGUCGUCCCUGCGUCGAGUUCCGCUGCUCCUCCGGCAGUCGGCGCCAUCAAACCACUUGUUGAAUAUGACGACAUCAGCUCCGACUCGGACACUUUCUCUGACCCGCCCGCCGUCACGAAACCGGCGGAGAGAAGAGACACUCAACGGUUAGAGCCGUCCGACUACGGUAAGGUGGACGGGGGAGGGGCCGGUGGUGCAAAGGAGAGCCGGACUCAUAAGCACCGGCAUUCUCGGAAAAAGUCUAAAGAUCCACACAGAGUAAGAGAAUCAGGGGAGGGGGGUGGGAAUAGCAAGAAAAAGAGCAACAAGGACCGUGAGAGGGGAGACAGAGAGGGAAAAAGCAAAGACAAGCUCUCCUCAUCUGUGGGACAUUCCUCUGUCCCUCUUAAACGACCAGAGGGGGAGUCAAGUGGAAAGCGUGGGGGAGACCCCUCGCUCCCAUCCACUGUGUCCCAGCCUGGGGUUAGUUUGGGAAGCAGUACUUCAUCAUCCACCUCCUCCUCCUCACGCAGCAAGGACAGCAGCGGCGGGCGUAGCAAAUCCCACAAGGAGAAGCAAAGGAGGGAUGGACGAGAGGAGGGCCACGGCUCCUCCUCGAAAGGAGAACGCUCAGAGCGGAGCCAUCGCAAGGCCUCCAAGAGCCGCAAAUCCAGCCCCAAGGGCAAGACGUCUUCUCGCGGGAGCCCACGUCGCAAAGGCCAGGCCUCCACCUUGUCUCCAAGCCCCAGGCGAGGUGGGGGUGACAGUCCGACCACAGGGGGGGGCGGAUAUGGAAUGGAGGGGGAGGACGGCUACUCGUCGAGGCGCAGGGGGGCGGUUCAGAGCCCCAGCCCGUAUCGAGACCUUCCCCGUCGGAGCAGGCAGCGGUCGUCCAGCCCCUACGGCAGACAGAGGUCCUCCAGUUACGAGAGGGACAUCAGCCCCUACGCGUCCCGGAAACGCUCACCCAGCAGUCCCUAUGGCAACCGCCGCUCAUCCAGCACCAGCCCACUGUCCCGACGUUCAGCUCGCUCCCGAAGUCGCUCCCCUCCUUACUCUUCUUCCUCUCGACGCUCCUCUUCGCGGUCGCGUAGUAAGAAACAUUCAACGGGUGGAGGUGGGGGCGGGGCCUCGCACAGCAGUCGACCAACCAGCCGCUCUCCCUCUUCCUCGCGCCUGCCAAUCACCUCUAGCCUUGGGGCGGAGCUUACCCGCAGAAAGAAGGAGCGUCAGGCGGCCGCUGCUGCUGCGGCGGCGGCCGCCGCCCGCGGCUCCUCCCCCCUCUCUCGCCGCGUGACCACGCCCACCAAGUCCUCUUCACGUCCACGUGAGGCAGAAUCGGAAGUUUCCGGCGAUUCUCUGUUGAAAGAGAGCGCCCCACCCACGGAACCCCAAAGACCGCCUUCCCCUCCUCAGGACACAACCCAUGCAGAGGACACGGGCGUAGCUCCGCCCCCGCCUCUUCCCCUCACCUCCCCGCCUCCGUUACCUCUGACCUCCCCCCCGCCCCUCCCGCUCAAUUCCCCUCCCCCUCUCCCUCUCUCGUCUCCCCCUCCUCUCCCUCCCUCUCACUCGGCUCCGCUCCCACCUCCUCCCCAACCGUGUCUGGGCCCGCCCGCUCCCCUUCCAUCUCAGCCCAAAAGCCCCGCCUUCAAACACACGCACAGCCCAGCCCGUCAGCCAAUCAAGACCUCCACGCUUCCACCCCUCCCCCUGCCACCGGUACUGUUGGGAGAAUGUCGAGACAGUCCAAAGAAGAACACGCCUCCUCAAAAGUUGUCGAGGAAAGAGAGGGAGGUCCGAUCUCGGCCCCUGCUGAGCGAUUUGCCCCUCCCUCCCGUGCUUCCUGGUGGAGACCCCUCCCCUCCCCAGUCUCCCGUUCAAGAAGCUCCGCCCCCUGUACAGCCCACCUACAAAAAGAGACCAAAGUUUUGUUGUCCACGGUAUGGGGAGAGGAAGCAGACGCAGAGUGACUGGGGGAAGCGUUGUGUGGAUAAGUUUGAUAUCAUUGGGAUCAUUGGAGAGGGCACCUACGGCCAGGUUUACAAGGCCAAGGACAAAGACACAGGUGAACUGGUGGCCCUUAAAAAAGUGCGUCUGGAUAACGAGAAGGAAGGUUUUCCCAUCACUGCCAUCAGGGAGAUUAAGAUCCUGAGGCAGCUGAACCACCGCAGCGUGGUGAACAUGAAGGAGAUAGUCACCGACAAACAGGACGCCCUCGACUUCAAAAAGGACAAAGGUGCCUUUUACCUGGUUUUUGAGUAUAUGGACCAUGAUCUGAUGGGACUUCUGGAGUCUGGACUGGUGUCAUUUUCCCAUGAGCACGUGCAAAGCUUCAUGCGGCAGUUAAUGGAGGGACUGGACUACUGCCACAAAAAGAACUUUCUGCACAGAGAUAUUAAAUGCUCCAAUAUCCUACUGAACAACAGCGGUCAGAUUAAGCUUGCUGACUUUGGGUUGGCUCGCCUGUACAACUCGGAGGAAAGUCGGCCUUACACCAAUAAGGUGAUCACUCUGUGGUACCGCCCACCUGAGCUGCUGCUUGGCGAGGAGAGAUACUCCCCAGCCAUCGACGUCUGGAGCUGCGGGUGCAUUCUUGGAGAGCUCUUCACUAAGAAACCCAUUUUUCAGGCCAACCAGGAGCUGCUGCAGCUUGAGCUAAUCAGUCGUUUAUGUGGUAGUCCAUGCCCAGCUGUGUGGCCUGAUGUUAUUAAGCUGCCCUACUUCAACACUAUGAAGCCUAAGAAACAGUACCGGAGACGUCUACGAGAGGAGUUCGCCUUUCUUCCGGCAUCUGCUCUUGACCUGCUGGACCGAAUGCUGACCCUUGACCCUGCGCGGCGUUGCACGGCCGAACAGGCCCUCAACAGCCAGUUCCUAAGUGACGUGGAGCCCACAAAGAUGUCCCCUCCAGAUCUUCCUCACUGGCAGGAUUGUCACGAGCUCUGGAGUAAGAAGCGUCGGCGGCAACGGCAAAGCGGGGUGUCCGAGGAUGUGCCUGUUGCCAAAGUGCCCCGCAAAGACCCGGCCGCGCCCCAGGCCGGGGAGAACAGCCGACCGCCCCCCAGCCCCCCUCCACCGCCUCCCUCAUCACGCCCGCCCUCAACAGCCAUCUCAGCCAAUGAGCUCGCAGGUUUAGGAGCUGCAGCGGAGCAGUUGAACCAGACAGAGUUGGCUGUGCUGUUGAACCUUCUUCAAAGCCAGACAGACAGUUUGUCACUCCCUCAGAUGGCCGAGCACCUCCUUGCACAGCAACUGGAACACCUCACUCAGUCCCUGUCCACCAUCAUUCAGUCCUCCGGCCACCAGAGGGCGCCAGAGGAACCCGCCUCCCACACGCUAGCAAACGCACAGCCUCCUGAACCUCCCCAGGAUGUGACCCUGAGCCAGGAGGACCAGGCCGGCCUCAUCGCACUUCUGUUGGGUCAGAUCAUAAAGGCGCAGACUCAGGGGGCGGAGCAAGGUGACGAGAGCAACGGCGUCCAAUCAGAAGAGGCGGUGACACGCGGCAACUCCGCCUCUGUCGCCGGCAGCGAUCGCAAGGGCAAGUCUGAGUUCAGUCAUGUUUUAUCAAAAUGGAAUGCCAUAGCCUCUGAGCGAUCUGCCCCAUCUCCAUCGGGCCCCACCUCCUCCCUCACCCAAACAGACGACGUGAACUCCAGCAUGGCGGCCGCCCUCCUGCAGCUCAUCUCUCAGCAGGCUUCCGAAAGCAGGCCCUCCCCGACCGAGCCCAAGCCCAACCAAGAGACCUCUAACCCGGGCACGUCCUUGCCCGCGCCCCCCGUCCAGGCCAACCUAAUAGAGAAUUCCUGUCCGCUUUCUAAUCUCUCUCCUGCCGGCGUUCAGCAUCAGCGGCACGACAAUGCUAACGCUACAUCCAGCAGCGCCCAGUUUCCGAGGGAUCAGGACUUUCGCUUCACCCAGGCAGGACCCAGCGAGGGUGGGCCACCAGGACACUCUAGCAAUGAGGCCUGA